AUGCGCGUUUUCUCCGCAGUACCUCUCUUGACAUGCGCAUUUCUUCACUUCUGUGCUGGAAUCGCCUUGCCAAAAAUUCCGACGCCUGCGACGUCAGCCCUCAUCCUGAGGGAGCCCGUCCACUCGGAACACGAGUCCUACUUCAGCACAUCUCCAAGCAUCAUGUCGCCUUCCAAUAAUCCAACUUCUGCAUCUCUGAGGAAGAAGGACCAAGAAGUCCCGAACGACGAGUCACACCGGAGGCCACACGAGGCGUGGCCUACACUUGCCGAGGAUAUUCCUCAGACGCCUUCAAGGAGAUCCAACGACGAGGGUGGAAAUCCUCCGUUUGAGAGAGAUUCUCCCAUCCCCGGUCCUACGGAAAGAGGGUUGACAAGUCCUACAGCGUGGAAGCUGGAAAAAAAACAGUGA